AGGACUGGAUAUUUCACAUAGCCCCCUGCCCCCACCCUGGAGCUUUUCUUUAGUUUCUGUUUUUGCUCAUAAGUCCUUCAUUUUCACCUUCAUACCUGGAGACUAAAGCUGUGGAUCAGACACAUUUAUGGGUUACUGAGAGGACACCAGAGAGAAAACUCAGGAUGGCCGUGGCUUUGGAUGCGGUGUGGUUGAGGGUGAAGAACGUUCUCAAACAGAAUGGACUCCUCAUCAUGUCAGUGCUGGCUGUGGUCAUCGGAUGUCUUCUGGGAUUCUUCCUGAGGACACGGCGUCUGUCAGAGCAGUCUGAUGUCAGGACUGGCAGCGCUCGAUGCCAAGUGUUCCAGUCGGCUCGGUCUCAUCACCGUGUCAUAUUAUCUAUGGACCACCUUUGUGGCUGUGAUAGUGGGAAUCAUCAUGGUCUCCAUCAUCCACCCAGGUGGUGCUGCCCAGAAAGAAGACUCUGAGGACAGCGGCAAGCAUAUCAUGAGUUCUGCUGACGCUCUGCUGGACCUAAUCCGCAACAUGUUCCCAUCGAAUUUGGUCCAAGCCACAUUUCAGCAGUAUCAAACAAAGAGCCAGUACAUUGUAAAACCCAAACCAACUGCAAGCCAGGCCCGGUCUGAGUCCACCACGAGGCGGGCGUUAAUCUAUGGCAUCCAGGACGAUAAUGACACUGACAUCCAGAACUUUUCUCUUGACCUGACUCCUCCUCCUGAUGUGCUAAUAAAGAUUCGUGAAGGAACAAGUGAUGGGAUGAAUGUCCUAGGAAUCGUUAUAUUUUCAGCCACCAUGGGUAUUAUGUUGGGAAGGAUGGGGCCCAAUGGAAGCGCCUUGGUAAACUUCUGCCAGAGUCUGAAUGAGGCCGUCUUGAGAAUUGUUGCCAUUGUUAUAUGGUAUUUUCCAUUUGGCAUUGUUUUCCUGGUGGCUGGCAAAAUCCUGGAGAUGAGUGAUCCCUCAGCCAUGGGGAAAAAGUUGGGUUUCUAUGCCGUCACUGUGGUAUUUGGUUUGGUGUUGCAUGGCUUGUUCAUCCUGCCUUCCAUGUACUUCUUCAUCACCAAGAAGAGCCCCAUCGUUUACAUCCGAGGAAUCCUACAAGCUCUGCUCAUUGCCCUGGCGACAUCUUCCAGCUCUGCCACUUUGCCUAUAACCUUCAAGUGCCUUUUGGAGAACAACCACAUUGACCGCCGCAUCAUCCGAUUUGUGCUCCCUGUUGGCGCCACUAUCAACAUGGAUGGCACUGCUCUGUAUGAGGCUGUGGCAGCAAUAUUCAUUGCACAAGUUAAUAAUUACGAACUGGAUUUUGGCCAGAUCAUUACCAUCAGCAUCACCGCCACUGCAGCCAGCAUUGGUGCAGCUGGGAUUCCACAAGCUGGACUUGUCACCAUGGUGAUUGUGCUAACGUCUGUUGGGUUGCCCACUGAUGACAUCACCCUCAUCAUUGCAGUAGACUGGGCAUUAGACAGAUUCCGCACAAUGGUGAAUGUAAUGGGAGAUGCUUUGGCCACGGGUAUCAUGGCACAUAUCUGCAGGAAAGACUUCAUGAAAGAAGGAGAUGGAGUACCUUUGAUCUGCGAGACAAAAAUGCCAAUGAGCACUCCACCUGUGAUGAACUGCCACAACAACAAUGGUACCUGCCAACAACCUUCAUCUGGAGUCAAACACAAGCUCGUCCCACCCGACGUAGCCCGGCUUAUGCAGCUGGAGGAGGGCGUUCGACAGGUUUCUGACAGGAAGAAGCCUCCAGUUCCUCCACGGCACCUGAAGAAAAGCAAAGAACACUGCAGUAUUGACAUGAAUGGCCUUGAGACCAACGUAUAGCCUCCUUGAUGGGUUGUGUUUAUGCUGAUGGGAACAGAGGACUCCUCUAAUGGCAUCUUCAUCACUCAGCUUAUUAUUGUCAGACAUUUUAAUGCUGAGCAUGCCUGAAAGUACAAGGAAAGCAAUUUAUUGCCCCCAGCAUCGUUGCUGUUGACCUGGACGAUUAACUCACACCUGACCUUCAGAUCUUUGAAUACAGGUGUGAAUGGCAGAGUGGUAUUAACUCAUUUUUAUUUGAUAUACACUUCAUAAUAUAUAUAUAUAUAUAUAUAUGUGUGUGUGUAGGGAACGUGUUGAGUGUUUAAGUUGUAUAUUUUAUACUAGUACUCUGCAAACAGCCAUUUGUGUUGUGACAGGUGAAACAGGAUUGCUAGUGUUAAACUGAAUGAUCAGAAGGCAAAAUGAAAGUUUUGUUUAACUGAUUAAUUUUGCCUUAACAGAGAUAGUGGUGCUCGGCUGGCUGGGAAAAACUAAACUCCACCUUCCCCAAUGGCCAUGUUCCAACUUCAGUGUGUAGAAAAGAUUUCAGUGGUGGUGUGUUUGAACAGCCUCUGGAGUACUUGGUGCUUUCUGACACUUAAACUGAGUAAAAACAGCUAAUAGAUGUUUCAACCUGGUUAAAAUAACAUUUGAACAGCUGAAUAACUAAACUUAUAGAUGUAAAUUUCUUCCACUGUUCAGUUAUUUUAUUGAAAGGAUGUUUUAGAUCAUACUUUCCUCGGGAAAAAAUAAGUCCAAUCAUUUUGGUAACAAUGCAGGACAAAACCCAUUUUUCUACAUAUUUGUACACUCUAAGGUUUUUUGUGGCUUUCUAACAUACAAAUGUUAGCACUGACUAGCUAACCCUUAGCACAAAUCUGUAUAUUUUCUGUAACUGAUAUCAACAGUGUGAGUAUGGCUGACCAUCUGGCAAGAAAGCAUGAACAGGAGAGGGUUUAAGGUUGGUGUGAUAACAAGAGACGCUCCAGGUGGAGCAGAUGAGCUUGUUUGAAGGGAGUGCAGGCUCAGCAGAGCAGCAAUCAUGACAGGAUACAAUUGUUCCCACAUCAAGCACGUUGACAGGUCACUAGGAAAAAAAAAGAUAUUGUGUUAUUCCAACGCCACAUUUAGAAAAGGCAUGUAAACACUUUAGUCUGAUCAAUGUCAUGAAAACAAAGCUCUCAAAACUGGACCAACGCAUCCAGACAAUCCAUUUGAAGGUCAAACUACUGCGUGUAAACACUCAUAUAAACUCAAAUGAGUCUAUUUGUUCUGGUUAACUUGUGAUAACCAGUUCUAGCAUCUGGAGAAAACAGAAGGCUGAUUUCUGGAGAUAAUGGAAAAAAGUUACGUUGUUACGUGAAGACGAGAUUCGUGAGGUAAUGGCGUCAAAAAUUAAUCAUUGCCGGCAUGGCCACAUGAAGGUUAGAAUUUACUGAUGAGUGAUUUGAUUAGCUCCAUUACUGUAAAUCUAUUCAAACACACCUUCACACAGAAAGUUCGUGAUAAGAGGUGAGAUGUGUUUGCCCUGUUGGCAAAUCCAUACUGAGAUUUUUUCAUUGUAUUGGUCAUAAUAUAAGAUAUAUUCAUCAAUGUUUUCAUGCUAAAUAUGUCAUUUGUUUAUACUGGAGAUAAACUGGUUUUGAGCAUUUGAGCAUCAUCACCUU